ACAACUCCCAGCAUGCAAGGUGGUAACGAGGCCGGUGUUGAUUCCAGGCCCUCUGGCCCGCAGGCAGCGCUGGAUCACCACGAGCAGGGACCCCCACUCGGCGGGGAGUGGGAACAGAGCCCAGGGCUGCGAGGGAGGAGCGGGCCGUCACCUAGGCCUUUCCUGAGGAGGACACCAACUGGACUCCUGAGAAAUUGCAAUGCAGGUUUCAAAUCUCCAAUCCAGUCUCCAAGGUCCUGCCAAUCAGAUGGAGUCAAUAAGGAAGCCCUACAGCGUGAAGUUGAAGAACUGAAACAGAAGGAUCUUGCUCUGGAUCAGGAAAUUGCACAGUUGUUGGCUGAAGGUUACAGCCUGGAGGAAUUGGAGAAACACAUCUCUCUGCUCCAUGAGUACAAUGAUAUUAAAGACACUGGACAGAUGCUGCUGGGCAAGCUGGCCACGAUUAGAGGGGUCACCACAAAGGAGCUGUACCCCAAAUUUGAUCUGGAACUUACUGACUAGCAUUGAAACUGAAGACUACAAUCUCCUGCAGAGAUCACCAUUACUGGGGCACUGCGUGUUGGUACCGUACACCUUGAGAACUUACACACAAGGACAGUAAAAAUGCAGAGACUUUCAAGGAAGUGUUACUUGGCUGCUUCAUUUCUAAGAAUAUCUAACUUCUAGAAUGGAAAGCUAUUGAACCCAUCCCAUGUUCCCUGUUUCAGGAAAAGUGGCAUUCUACUCUUUGGCAAUGAGAGGCGGUUCAGUUGAAGUGCCAGGAGCAUUAGGCUCCUCUCACUGUUCAUUAUUUUAAAAACUAAAAGGUUAUAAUUCAAAAUUAAUAGUUAACCCCUUCACUGUUGCACUAUGUGAUGGGGAUUCUUUGACAUGUUGAUGUUCUAUGGGCACCUUUAAAGAAGUCUUACAUGGGGAAGCAAUUGUUAGGGAUCAGUAAAUGGAUGGAGGAGGCAGCAGUGGAGAUGGGCAAAUAUGCAGAGCUGUGUUUUUUGUUUAUUUAAAACCUCAGAAGUUGGAAAGGAAAACUGCUAAGAGCAAGGUGUUUGUAUGCUUCGUGCUGAAAAAGUUGUGGGCGCUCAAUAUCCUAGUGCCUCACUGAAUUGAGUUCUGGAAGUUGGUUGACAUUGCAUGUGUAUAGUAGUAAAUAAAUGGAAAAGCAUUAACUUGUGGUGCUGAAUUGUCCACUCUGAAUAAAUGAUUAACUCUGA